AUGUCCAUCGAUCUCACUGGGAAGACCUGUCUCGUUACCGGCGGCGCUGGUGGCCUGGGCAAAGCCAUUGCAACUCGGUUCUACUCCGCCGGAGCCAACGUGGUCAUUUGCGAUGUUAACGAAGAGCGACUCUGUCAGACUUCCCUAGAUCUAGCAGGACCGAAUGGCGACGCAAGACUCAAGGUCAUCAAGACGGAUAUUACCUCCGCGACAGAGGUGCAGAAGCUAUUCGACGAGACUGUCACGCAGUUCAAGAAGCUCGACAUCUUAAUCAAUAAUGCCGGGAUCAUGGACCAAUUCGACCCCGUCGGUGAUCUCGACGAGGGCCUGUGGGAUAAAGUCAUGGCCGUGAACCUGACAGCGCCAUUUCUGUUGAGUAAGCUUGCUGUGCGGAAUAUGCUGGCCCAGGAGACUGUCCAGGGGUGUAUUGUGAAUAUCGUGUCCCUAGCUGGAAAGGCUGGCUUCAUGGCGGGUGCCGCCUAUACCGCUAGCAAGCAUGGUCUCGUUGGCUUGACCAAGAACACGGCCAGCUUUUACGGCUCCAAGGGCAUCCGGUGUAACGCGCUGAUGAUGGGCGGUAUGGUGACGAAUAUCUCCGAUGCAUUCACGUCCAACAUCAACAUGGAAGGGAAGGACAAGGCCAUGGCUCUUAUGACUGCCGCAGGAGCUCCGCUAUGCGAUGUGGACCGGGUGGCCGAGCUGUGUCUGUCUCUCUCGUCUGGUCCUGGGGCGGAGCUAAUCAACGGGACAUGUAUCCCGGUUGAUAACGGACUGGCGGGCUUGUUGGGUUGA